CGGAGAAACCGCAGGACGUUUUUAAGCAGCCUGUUUCCUUGUUUAACGUCGCCGACCAAUGAAAUUACAGCAUCUACUAUGAUGUCCCGCCCUCACCUUUGCCUUGCAGCCAAUCGGCGUCGUCGGUGAGUCCCGUCGACAGCCACACAGGUAACUCGGUGAAAAAACAGCAAGCAGAGGAGGAGAAAAAGCUCUUGUUAUGGAGUUGGUGCGACAAAUUUGACCAGUCAAACCAGUAUCUCUGGAUAGAUACACCCAAGUGCCGCAACAGUUUUUGUGGUCCCUGAUGGCUUCGCACAGUGAUACUCUGGUGGUGUUCUUUGGGGCAACAGCUGGUGCAAAUGGGGGUAAACUGGGGUCGGAUGAGAGGGAAAUAAUUCUCUUGGUGUGGCAAAUUGUGGACCUUCAUGAGAAAAAGGUCGGCAAGAUUCAUAGAUGUCUUGUCAAGCCUGACACUUUGGACUUGACGGCCGAGUGUAAAGAGGAGACUGGGUUGACGGCGGAGGAUGUUGUCAAGGCAGAACCUUUGGACCAAGUUCUGCAGCAGUUUCAGCAGUCAGUGUCGUCUGAAGUGAAGUGCCUGGGCCGAAGCUCUUACAGACUCUGUGUCAACAGCCCGCACAUCAUCCGACAGGCUCUCCACCCCGAGGCCUCCAAAAAGAAUCUAGUCCUGCCAGAAUGCUUCUUUUCAUUUGUGGAUCUCAGGAAAGAGUUUCACAAAUGUUGCCCCAGCGCCGGCCCAAUGCCCUCACUUGCUCUCCCCUCCAUGUUGGAGCAUGUUGGUCUUCCAGCUGUGUCAGAACAGCUGAUGGGGAUGAGGGAGGUGAGGAGCAUGGUGCAGCUGACCCUCCGCAUCCUAGCUGACCCCUACAACCACAGUUUUUCCUGCUUUGAAACCGUCAAGUACAAGCUGGAUUCUGGAACAUGCAGUAAGACAGAACCAGUGGACAGCGAGACAGUCAUCAGAGCACGAGGGCUUCCUUGGCAGUCCUCAGACCAGGACAUCGCCAGAUUCUUCAAAGGCCUCAAUAUCGCCAAGGGCGGCGUGGCGCUGUGUCUGAACGCUCAGGGCAGGAGGAACGGCGAGGCCUUGGUUCGCUUCAUCAACUCGGAACACAGAGACUUGGCACUGGAGCGACACAAGCACCACAUGGGCAGCCGAUACAUCGAGGUCUACAAGGCCACAGGAGAGGAAUUCCUGAAGAUCGCUGGAGGUACGUCCAACGAGGUGGCCCAGUUUCUGUCCAAGGAGAACCAGGUGAUCAUCCGCAUGAGGGGCUUGCCAUUCACCGCCACCCCCCAAGAAGUUUUGGACUUCCUUGGCCCUGAGAGUCCAGUCACAGAUGGGACGGAGGGCCUUCUGUUUGUCAAGUAUCCGGACGGACGGCCUACCGGAGACGCCUUUGUUCUCUUCUCCUGCGAUGAAUAUGCCCAGAACGCCAUGAAGAAGCACCGGCAAAUCCUCGGCAAGCGCUACAUCGAGCUGUUCCGCAGCACCGCGGCCGAGGUGCAGCAGGUGUUGAACCGGUACCUGUCGACCCCCCUGAUCUCCACGCUGCCCAGCUCCCCCAUCGUCCCCGUCCUGGCCACGCCGCCGUUCCUCCCAACCGCCAGCAGUUCUCGGGACUGCAUCCGCCUGCGUGGACUUCCCUACACCGCUGGCAUUGAAGAUAUCCUUGAGUUCAUGGGCGAGCAUACGGUUGACAUCAAACCUCACGGAGUGCACAUGGUUCUGAACCAGCAGGGCCGACCCUCGGGUGACGCCUUCAUUCAGAUGCUCUCACCGGACAAGGCCUUCCUGGUGGCUCAGAAGUGCCACAAGAAGACCAUGAAGGAUCGGUACGUGGAGGUGUUCCAGUGCUCUACUGAGGAGAUGAGCAUCGUCCUGAUGGGAGGAACUCUGAACCGGAGCGGCCUCUCACCUCCGCCCUGCAAACUUCCCUGUCUGUCGCCACCGACAGCCUACUCGGCUUUCCCCACCCCCCCUGCCCUCCUCUCAGAGGCUGCCCUCUACCAGCCUCACCUGCUGGCGACCCCCAGGCCCCACCAGGGCAGCCCCCACAGUGCGGCCCUGGCCUACUACCCGCCUCAGCCUCACUUCUACAUGAACAUGAACUACACGGCGUACUACCCGAGCCCUCCUGUGUCGCCCUCCACCGUGGGUUACUUUGCAGCGCCGCCAGGUAUGGCGGCGACGGUGGCGGCCCAGGCCCACCCUGCCGCUGCGGCGGCUGCUGCAGCCGCCUCCUCUGUGCUGCCCCAGCCGGGUGCUUUGGUCCGGAUGCAGGGCCUCCCUUACAACACUGGAGUCAAAGACAUCCUGAGCUUCUUCCAGGGCUACCAGCUGCAGCCGGACGCCGUCCUUAUCUUGUACAACUUCAGUGGCCAGUGCAGCGGCGAGGCCUUGAUCACCUUCCCCAACGAGGAGACGGCCAGACGCGCCGUGGCCGAGCGCUCCAACCAUCCUUUCUAUGGCCAGCAGGUCCGACUGGGCUUCUGCAACUGACCCCCAGCGUCUCCUGCACUCGACCCUCCGGAGCUUCUCGUCUCGGUCCUGCGGGGAGAUGAACUGCCUUGGCUCGGCUCCCACUCUGGCCGUGCGGCACCUUUAUUUAUCUUCUCAUGUACAGACUCCUCCAGCACUUCUGUUUCUCACCAGUCCACAACCAUGUUCGUCAAAAAAGAGCCAUACCGACUCCAACACUGCUGCCGGCUCCUCACAAUCUAUUAAGGACUUGAGACUCGGCAACAAGAUUUAUUUUAAUUCUUCUCAUUUCCUUAGACAAGAAGCCAUUUUGUGCCGAACGACCAUUCCGUUUCUUUCCUUUCCGACUCCCCGCUCGUGUCGACGACGUGAACGUUGACGUAAAGAGGUGUGCGUGCGUCACCAUAUGAAUUUAGAUAUGCGUGUGUCUGUGUGUGUAUAAGAUUGUGAACAAUAAAAAGUC